CACCGCUGUAAGAAAGCCCUUUAUGAGGUCAUCAUCCCCCACUUGCCAUCUCUCCCCAGAUGCAGACAUGCAAGCUUUUAAAAACAUUUGAGAAGCCACCAUGCCUCGCUUUGCAAGCCCUCUUUUAAGAAACAUCAUUAUCAGAAGUCAAUUUGAUGGCAUCAAGAGGAAGCAAUGCCUCCAGUAUCUGAAAACACUGAGAACACUGCAGUAUGAUGGAUUUAAGACUGUAUAUUUUGGGGAAACCAGUAUCUCAGAAAGUCUAGUAACUGGGGAAGAUAUUAGUGAUGGAUAUUUCAUACAAACCCCAACUUGGUGUAUUGUGCACGCUGCGGGUAGUCAAGGAUGGGUGCCUUGGAAAUAUCGGAUGUUCCUAAGAGAUGAGCUGUGUAUCAAACAAGAAGACAGCCUCUUCUCUGAGUUCUGUGAUGUGGUGAGGAAGGCCUAUGGAAAGUGUGUCAUCGUGGUCAAAGAGAGAAGACAGCAGGAAGAGCAGAGGCCAAAGGAAGACAGAGAGGCUGAGGGCCAGUUCUAUAUCCCUACAGUCAUUAACUUAGCAAGCAUUGCGUGUUGCCCAGAGGUGGCCAAGUCCUAUGGCCAUGAACUACUCUCUCUGCCUUCCCCUUGUAAUUAUCUGAACCCUUUAGACUCAGCCUGGUCUUCUCUGAAAUGGUAUAUCAUCAAUAACAGAAAAGAGUUUUGUUUGCAGUCCAUUGACAGUGUCUAUUCUUACGAAUGUAUACUUUUCAGCAGUUUAAUUAGCAAAGGAAUUGAAAGGAUAAACCCAAGCAAGUGGAGAACAUUAACUAGCAAAGUACGGAGAUGGGAAAACUACUAUCUUGGGAAAUUUUCCUAAGGGCGAUUCCUCCAACAAGCAGUGAGGAUGCUACAAGUCUGGUCUUUACCGUCCACUCUGUUGAGAUGGAUUCCAUACCACUGCAGCCAAAGAUACUUCAACAGCGACCCCACAGGGGUGCUGCGAGAACUGACUUGUUCCUGAGGAUGUUGGCAAGCACUUUGAGUUUACUAGAAGUUUCACUAAAAUGUAUUGGUAAGAUAGGGGUCUCGACUCUUA